UGAGGCAGCAAUGCUAACCACUGAGCCACCGAGCUGCCUGUUAUUAGCACUUUGCCCUUUACUUUCACAUGGAAUACCCUUGGCAUUGAUCCAGCUCCAGAAUCUGCAGUCCUCACUUUCUCCCAGCUCCCUCAGAGCCAGCUUUCAGAGUGAACAGAGCCUCUGACACUCCUGUUUAUCUGUUUUUUUUUCUUUUUUUUCCCCAAACUACCGCCUAACAGCGGUAAGGAUUAAUCUCACGCUAUUGGCCUCACUUUAUACUGUAAACCAGUUAUCCAACAGACUGAGCUAACUGGCUUCCUGAAUUGAACCCAUGCUGUUAGCAUCACACUGCUCUGUAAGCCAACAAUACAGCCAACUGAGCUGAGCUAAAACACAAUUCCCCACACUUCUGUUUAUAUCUGCCAGCCAGCCAGCGCACCCUGAAUCGACUAGAUUAACAGGCCCAAUCAGGAAACUCAUAUUCCACGCUGUGCUUGUUACAAUCUCUCCACCCUCCCUCUCCUCCUCUCUUCCUCACUUUCUCCCUCUACACCCAUCACCCCACCCUUUCUUUCUAUCUGUCUCAGAGCUUUCUGUCUGAAUCCAGAUUUUCUGCCUCAUGUUCCUCCUCGGGUCAGUGAUGGACUGUUUGAUCUGACAGGUCCAUGGAUCUGCUACCGAUCUUCGCUGCCCUCUUCUCUCUUCCCACGAUCGUACUCGGGUCAACGCUAAGACCAUCCUCCAUUGGAUCCACUGCGAGGCCACCUGCAAUUGGCUCCAGCUCAAUGCCACCUCUCGAUCCUUCCAAAAGGGCAGCUUCUCUGAUUGGUAAGAUGCCACCAGUCAUUGGAUCUGGUGCAAGGCCAUUUCACAUUGGCUCUAGUAGAAGAACAACACUGAUUGGCUCCAAGAGAAUUAUCUCAUCGAGUGGUCUUGGUGGAUUGCUGUCAUUCAUUGGCUCCAGAAGAAUGAUUUCAUUCACCAACAUUCCAGUAACAGCAUCUCUGAUUGACUAUAAGGCAAUGCCAUCAAGGUCUGGCUCCGCACCAGCAACACCAAUUGGCCAGAGCAACAGUUCAUUGGCAACUAAUCCCAAGAAAAUGUCACCUCCCAUUGGGUCUUGGAGAAGAACAUCGCCAUCUGUUGAUGCUAUUACAACAACAACAACGAUUGGCUCAUGGACAGAUUCCAGUUUGAGAAUCACAACAGUUGACCCAAAGUCUGAUUCCAGGACAAAGACCUCACUGACUCACUCUCAGACACUUCCCAGUACGACAACCAAAACAGUUGGCUUAACGAGUGGCUGGUGGACCGAUUCUAGUACAAAGCCCCUACUACUUGGCUCAGGGACUCACACCAGUACAAAGGCCCACCUGAUUGGCUCAGGGACUCACACCAGUACAAAGGCCCGCCUGAUUGGCUCAGGGACUCACACUAGUACAAAGGCCCGCCUGAUUGGCUCAGGGACUCACACCAGUACAAAGGCCCAUCUGAUUGGCUCAGGGACUCACACCAGUACAAAGCCCCUACUACUUGGCUCAGGGACUCACACCAGUACAAAGGCCCAUCUGAUUGGCUCAGGGAAUCACACCAGUACAAAGGCCCGUCUGAUUGGCUCAGGGACUCACACCAGUACAAAGGUCCGUCUGAUUGGCUCAGGGACUCACACCAGUACAAAGGCCCGCCUGAUUGGCUCAGGGGCUGAUUCCAGUUUAAAGGCCACAUUGUUUGAAUCAUGGACUGAUUCUACUACAAAGGCCUCACCGAUGGGCUCACUGGUUGAAUCCAGUAUAGGAACCACACCGAUUGGGUUAUGGACAGAUUCCACUGCAAAGGUACCACCAAUUGACUCAUGGGCUGAUUCCACUACAAGAGCUUCACUGAUUGGCUCAUGGACAGUUUCCAGUACAAAGGCCCCACUGAUUGGCUCAGGGACUCACACCAGUACAAAGGCCCCACUGAUUGGCUUACGGAGUGAUUCUAGUAAAAAGACCUCACCAACUGUUUUAUGGACAGAAUCUAGAGCAAAGGCCUCAUCGAUUGUCACAUUGACUGGUUCCAGUAAAAAGGCCCCACACAUUGGCUCACGGACAGAUUCCAGUAGAAGAUCCCCACUGAUUGGCACAUGGACCGAUUCCAGCAGAAAUUCCCCACUGAUUGGCUCACAGAUAGAUUCCAGUACAAAGGACUCAUUGAUUGGCUUGCAGAUGGAUUUCAAUAAAAAGCACCCAUGGAUUGGCUCUUGGACUGAUUCCAGUAAAACGACCCCUCUGAUUGGCUCACAGACUGAUUCCAGUACAAAGGCCCCUCUGAUUGGCUCACAGACUGAUUCUGGAACAAAGGCCCCUCUGAUUGGCUCACAGACUGAUUCAAGCACAAGAGCUCAAUCAAUUAGCUCACGCACUGAAUCCAGUACAAUGGCUUCACCAAUUGGUUCAUCAACUGAUUUCAGUACAAAAUCUCCAAUUGGCUCACUUACCUAUUCCAGGACAGAGCCCUCAUUGAUUGGCUCAUGGACUGAUUCCACUACACAGGUUCUAUCGGUUGACUUACCGACCGAAUCCAAUGCAAAGGCCACACCAAAUGGCACUCAAAUUGAUUCCAAUACAAGGGCCACACUGAUUGGCUCACGGAUAGAUUCCACUGAAAAGUUCUCAUCGAUUGGCUCUAUGAUUGAUUCCAGUAUAAAGGCCUUACCAAUUGGCUCAUGGACAGAUUCUAGUAGAAGUGCCCCACUGAUUGGCUCACACGCAGAUUCAAAUAAAAAGGACCCAUGGAUUGGCUCUUGGACUGAUUCUAAUAAAAAGGUCCCUCUGAUUGGCUCACAGACUGAUUCCAGUACAAAGGCCCCUCUGAUUGGCUCACAGACUGAUUCUGGAACAAAGGCCCCUCUGAUUGGCUCACAGACUGAUUCAAGCACAAGAGCUCAAUCAAUUAGCUCACGCACUGAAUCCAGUACAAUGGCUUCACCAAUUGGUUCAUCAACUGAUUCCAGUACAAAAUUUCCAAUUGGCUCACUUACCUAUUCCAGGACAGAGCCCUCAUUGAUUGGCUCAUGGACUGAUUCCACUACACAGGUCCCAUCGGUUGAUUUCCCAACUGCAUCCAAUACAAAGGCCACACCAAAUGGCCUUCGGAAUGAUUCCACUAUUAAGGCCCCUUCAAUAGGCUUGUUGAUUGAUUCAGCUACAAAGUCACCAUCAAUUGGCUUAGGGAAUAGAUCCAGCACAAAGACCCCAUUGAUUGGCUUAUCAGCUGAUUACAUAAUAAAAGUUCCAUCAAUCAGUUUAUGGAUUAGAUCGAGUACAAAGCCCCCAUUAAUUGUUUCAUCAGCUGGUUCCAGUACAAAAGCCUCAUCAAUUGGCUUAGGGAUUGAAUCCAGUACAAGGGCCCCAUUCAUUGGUCCUAAAACAGAUUCCAGUACAGAAAACCCAUUUCUGAGCACAUUGACUGCAUUCAGUGCAAAAGCCCCUUUGAUUAGCUCACACACUGAAUCAAGUCCAAUUACUAUUAAGAAUCCACUGACUGACUCAAGGAUUGAUUCCAGUCCAAACACAUCGAUUGGCUUGUGGACUGAUUCAACUAUAAAGGCCUCAUUAAUUAGCCCACAGACUGAUUCCACUACAAGUGCCCCAUUGAUUGACUCAUCAAUUGGCACCAAUGGAACAGUCCCACUGAUUGUACUGGAAUCCAUCGGUGAGCCAAAGAAGGCAUCAAUUAGCUCAUCUAUUGACCCUAAUAUAACAUCCUCUUUGACUGGCUUAUCGAUUGAUGCUAAUACAAACUCCUCACUAAACGAUUCAACAACUGGUUUAUAUACAAAAGAUUCACUGAUAGGCUCAUGGUUUGAUUCCAGUACAUCAUCCUCAUUGAUUGGUCCAUCAAUGGCCACCAUUACAAAAUUCCCACAUAUUGAUUCAUCCAGUACAAAAGUCCCAUUGAUUAGUUCAUCAACUGACUACAAUACAACAACACAGUUGAUUGGCUUGCUGUUUGAAUCCAGCACAAGAUUACCAAUGGUAGACUCACCAACUAACUCCAUUGCAAAUGUCCCAUUAGUUGGAUCACUGACUAAUUCCCCUACAGUCUCAUCACAAAAGGGAUCACCACUUGAUUACAACACAGAAUUGCCACUGAAUAGAUUAAUGAAUAAUUACACUGUAGCCUCACCACUUGCAGGAUCACUGAUUGAUUACAAUACAGUUUUAUUGCUGAAUGGAUCUCUAAUUGAUUAUGACCCAAAAUUGUCACUGAAUAGAUCACUGACUGACUAUACUGCAGCAUCCCCGCUGAAUGGAUCACUUAUGAAUUACAACACAGCAUUACCAUUAAAAGGAUCUCCAAAUGAUUCCACUACAACAUCCAUAAAUGGAUUGCCAAUAAAUUCUACAAAGUCAAAGUCACAAUCACUCAAUGAAAUUCUGAUUGGUUCCAAUACAGUGUCAUCACUUAAUAGAUCAUUGACUGAUUCCAUAACAUCCUCAAUGAAUAGAACACCAACUGAUUCCAUUAUUGUACCAAUACUGAAUAGAUCACCAAUGGUUUCCACUACCUUGUUGUCACUGAAUAGAUCAGUAAUGGGUUCCUCUACUGCAUCAUCACUGAGUAAAUCAGCAACUGGUUACACGACAUUAUCAUCACCAAAUCAGACACCAAUGGAUUCCACUACAUUGCUGUCACUUAAUGGAUCACUGAUGGAUUCCACGACAGCAUCUUCACUGAAUAGACCAAAAACUGAUUCCACAUCAGUCCCACUGAAUGGAACACUAAUUAGUUUAAAUUCAGCCUGGCCACUGAAGGGAUCACCAAGUGGUUAUGACAGAGCGAUGUCCCAGAAAGAAUCCUCACUUCAUUCCAAUGCAACACUAUCACUGACUGGAUUACCGAUUAGUUCCACUUCAACAUUGUCACUUAAUGGAUCACAAUUUGACCACAUGACUACAGCAAUGUCCAUGAAUGCAUCAUCAAUUGAUUCCCAUGGAACAAGUUCUAAGAAUGGAUCAGUGCUCAGUUCCAGCAAAGUCACAUCAAUUAAUGGCUCAGUAAAUGAUUUACACACAACACAAUCACUGAAUGGAUCACUGAUUGAUUAUACUCCAACAACGCCAGUGAAGGGAUCACUGACUGAUUACAAUAGAAGAUUACCAAAUACAUCUUUCACUGGCAUCAACACCAUCGCACCCCCAAAUACACCUUCCACUGGCAUCAACAUCAUCGCACCCCCAAAUGCAUCUUCUAUUGGCUGUAAAACCACUGCACCCCCAAAAGCAUCUUCUAUUGGCUGUAAAACCACUGCACCCCCAAAUGCAUCUUCUAUUGGCUGUAAAACCACUGCAUCUCCGAAAGCAUUUUCCACUGGCUGCAACACCACUGCAACCCCGAAUGCACCUUCCACUGGCUCCAGUGCAGUUAAACCACUGAAUGGAGUGAAUGCUUUGAGUGCAGUCAUGUUAACCUAUUUCUCAAUGCUAAUAUUUCUCAACAUUGCUGCUUUUGCUUUCGAGGGAUUGGGAAGGAUCCAACUAGCUACUGCUUUCUCUCUGCUAUGACACUGGAACAUCUGUGUUGAGUGGAAUCUUGCUGUGCAUAUGAAUUAACAGAAGCAGAUUUUUGCAAGUGAAGCCAUUCAUUGCAGGCUCAGAGUCCCUCCUCAACCUACUGUCAGGACACUGUCUGGACAGGGCAGGACAUGGCUGGGCAAUUCAAGUUGCCUUGUCACCACAGUGAAUCUGCAAUCAACUCAGAUCCAUUUGGAGCAGUCACAUUUCCCAUCUCUGAGACAACGUACUGCCAAAAUUCUGUGACUCUAAGUUUCUUACUCUCGCUCAGCCCGACUACAUCCCCCACUCCUCCAUUUCCACACUCUUUGACCCACAUCCUCACUACAUACCCCUCAUUGUUGCUCCUUAAGCUUUUGGCUCAUACCCUUCCAAUAUACCAUUCUUUCAUCUUCUAUGGCACCUUCCCUCCACCCCCUUUCCCACAGUCUUAUUUCCCCUCUUAUUGCACCCCAGCACAUUUGCUCCGCCUCACGUUACCAUCUCAUUUGCCCUCCAUUUUCCCAUCCUCAUUUGCUCCCCACAUCUCCCCUUCCAUGCUCCCCAUCUGCAUUUGACCUCUACAUUUGCCCUUCCAUACUCCCCCUUUAUAUUCCUCCCUCCACAUUUGUUGUCCAAAUUUGUCCCCCCAUGCUCCUUCUCUACAUUUCCUUUGCCAAUGCCUCAUCAUGUACCCCCUGCACAUAAUCGCUCUUCACUUUAAUUACGACUAUCAUUCACUCUGCGAUGUUUACCUUUGUCCCUUCCCCUUCAUAAUGACUUUUCACUGCUAACGACCUACUAUUGAACCCCUCACAUUACCCACCAACUGAGGCAUUGGGGGUGGGGUGUGGUGGUGGGAGAGAUCUGGGAACUGUGGCCAAGCUGAGUGUCAAACAGAAAUUGAUGUCUCCAGAAUCAACUGCAGGCCAAGUGUUAAGCUGUGGCCCAGUUGAAAUUUCUGGUCUUUUGCUGAACUGUAUAUAGCGUUUGUAAUGUGUAUUGAAGUGAAAUUUAGACAAUAAAGAUAAA